AUGGACUUCACAGCUCAUCAGCUCAGCCAGUACAACGGCAGCGACCCCUCCAAGCCCAUCUACGUCGCGCUGAAGGGCACCGUCUACGACGUCACCACCGGAAAAUCGUUCUACGGCCCCGGCGGCGCCUACGCCAUGUUCGCCGGCAAGGACGCCAGCAGAGCCCUCGCCAAGAUGAGCAAGAACGAAGAGGACAUCUCCCCCUCCCUCGCCGGCCUCUCCGACAAGGAGAUCGGAGUUCUCGACGAUUGGGAGAAGAAGUUUCAAGCUAAGUACCCUGUCGUUGGUCGCGUUGCCAAUUGA